GUUGACCGAGGGAGCGAAACAGUUAUUUACACGCACGCACACACGCACUGACUCGGUGACUCGCUCGCUCUUGCGGACACUAUUUAAAUUAAAACCUCUCCAUUAGCUUCUUCCACUCUUAUCGUAUUCUUCUUAUUCUUUGACGGUUUCUAGAGAGAGAAAGUUUCGUUUCCUUGAGAGAGAAAGUUCGGUACGGUAGUGAUGGCCGGAGUUAAUCCGAACGGCGUCGCCGAUUUUCCGGCGGUUCCGACGCACGGCGGACAGUUCAUUCAGUACAACAUAUUCGGUAACCUCUUCGAGGUUACGACGAAGUACCGUCCUCCGAUCAUGCCGAUUGGCCGCGGCGCGUACGGAAUCGUUUGCUCUCUGUUGAAUACGGAGACGAACGAGUUGGUGGCUGUUAAGAAGAUAGCGAACGCUUUUGAUAAUCACAUGGACGCUAAGCGUACACUCCGUGAGAUCAAGCUUCUUAGGCAUUUGGAUCAUGAAAAUGUAAUUGGUUUGAGAGAUGUCAUUCCUCCACCCUUGCGUAGAGAGUUUAAUGAUGUCUACAUAGCCACGGAACUCAUGGAUACUGAUCUUCACCACAUCAUUCGCUCCAAUCAAGGUCUGUCAGAGGAGCACUGCCAAUACUUCUUGUAUCAGAUUCUUCGUGGGCUUAAAUACAUACAUUCUGCAAACAUAAUCCAUAGAGAUUUAAAACCGAGCAACCUGCUGCUGAAUUCAAAUUGUGACUUGAAGAUUAUUGAUUUUGGUCUCGCACGACCAGCUUUGGAGAGUGACUUCAUGACUGAAUAUGUAGUCACAAGGUGGUACAGGGCGCCCGAAUUGUUGUUGAACUCCUCCGAUUACACCGCUGCUAUAGAUGUGUGGUCUGUUGGUUGCAUUUUUAUGGAGCUUAUGAACAAAAAGCCUCUGUUUCCGGGCAAAGACCAUGUGCAUCAGAUGCGCCUAUUGACAGAGCUUCUCGGCACCCCAACUGAUGCUGACCUUGGGUUAAUGAGAAAUGAAGAUGCGAGAAGAUAUAUCAAACAACUUCCUCAAUACCCUCGCCAACCUUUAGGUCAGGUCUUCCCUCAUGUUCAUCCCGCAGCGAUUGAUCUUGUUGAUAAAAUGUUGACAAUUGAUCCCAACAAAAGAAUUACAGUUGAAGAAGCUCUAGCCCAUCCAUACCUUGAAAAACUGCAUGAUGUAGCUGAUGAACCAAUCUGCAUGGAAGCAUUCUCUUUUGAAUUUGAGCAACAGCAAUUGGAUGAAGAGCAAAUAAAAGAGAUGAUCUACAGGGAAGCAUUAGCACUCAAUCCAGAGUAUGCUUAAAUAUUGAAGCUUAGAAGGAAAAAUAAGAACUCGUUUUCAAUUUUUUCGUCACCAAGUUCCCUGCUAACAAGAGCAGGAAAGGAUCAAGUUGAAUGAAAGUUCAAUCUUGUUGCCAAUCAAACUCCCUAGGUAAUCUAUUCAAUCUGUGUGACUAGUUAGGCUUGAUGAGUGCCUUUGUUGUAUAGUGCCAUGUAACGUUAAUCUCCAUGAUUUUUUUAACCCUGAUGGGUUAUUAUUAAUUUUUAAUUUUACAUUUUCAUUUUCCUUUUGGUUGCUUUCUUGGGUAACUCAUCAUGUAUCUUGCCCAAGUUAUUUGUUUUGUAACUUCUUGCUACCUUAAUUUUAGCUAUUUUCUGCUAUAUUAUCUGUAUAGUGGAUUUCAAUUCAGUGAGCAAAAUUUUAAGAGCAGUACUUCCUUAUGAUUCAGAAAAUUGAAAGCGUGGACCUUCGUCUGGCUUUUCAAGUUUAA